AUGCAACAAGGAUCGGAGAAGCGCAGGGAAACUGGACGACUAUCAAGGGAGAUCGGUUCGGCAUCCAUCGAUGAAGAUGCCCCUGGUGAACCUGAAGAGGACGAAAACGACUUCAUGAACCCAGCUGGAUCAUCUGAAGUUGAUCCAAACAAAUCCAGCCUACAAUAUCGUACUUCAUCCAAUUCUAGGAAUUCCCUCCUCUUGCUAGACCACUCGCAUACUCAACAGCCUUCUACCACCAUCUCGGGACUUGAAAAUUCAAACGAUGACGAGGUCAACCACAAUUUGUUGAAAAAGAUGUUCAGUUUGAGUACUCUUGAGGCUGGUGUGGCUCAGGAGAUAUUGCAAAUGAGCCCAGCUAAUCAACAAGCUGCCAUGGUCUACAGCGCAGUCUCAAGUCAUGGCAAAGCAAGGCAAACUCAGGCUAGCUCAUCAGACGUACACCCAAUUGGAGUUACAAAAGUCCAAAAGAUCAGACUGGGCGAUCUCAUCAAGACCAACCUCAGGAAUUUUGUCCGAAAGACACUGAUGGAAUGCAAGCUGGAUACAUACAGCCUCGAGCAUAAUACCGAUACUGGCGAGAUAAUCGCAGCUUCACUUUUGCGUAUGACAAAUAAAUUCAUAGCUGAUCUUUCUGCACACGACAAGAAGUCGCUAUUGCCUACAGGGUUUAUUGACCGGAACCAAGCUGUUCUCCAGGCACUGCUUUUGAACAUCGUUUCCAACAGUGUUUCGAAGUCGGCAAGUGGAGAUGUUCCAACGAUUUCAAAGCUCUAUAAUCAUAUUCAGCAGCAUUUGCCUUAUGGCGGCGAGUUUUUUGCCCCCAAUGAAAUUCCACUUAUUGCUCAGGUUCGGUUCGCAUACAUGCGACUGGAAACAAUCAUCUAUGCUCUGGGUACAUCAUCUGCUCGGGCGGCUCAAUGGGGACCGAUUGAUAAACAACUACAGUAUCUUAAAAUGAGAGGUGCUGAUUAUUCCAUUGCAUGGUCCGAUUUGAUUAUCCGAAAGGAUAAGUACUUCUUUGGCUCACCAAAGAAAUUCGAUCAGAUCCGACUCGAUGUCUCUGUGCUGCCAACCGAAGACGAUAUUCAACAAGCCAUGGUACGGAAGCCCACAGACGACAUCGACCGCGCCAUCGCGCCAUCGCGCCAAACAAGUUCGUUUUUGACCGAUCCUCCAAAAACAUUCCCACAUUACUUGAAUUUGACAUACAACAUCAUCCCCUAUCAACCUGUUCAGCGGCUCUGA